AUGGUCGCUCAAUCUUCUUCUUCUGAACCUCAUUCCAGCACUGCAUCCAACGCCCCCGUCAUAAUGUCUACCGUAGUCGAUGCUGGCAUCGCCAAUCCUCGCUCAGAGCUCCCCAAUCUUCAAUACCCUCCUGCCGACCCUCCAGCACCUGCUCACAUUUUCACCUUCACGCACUCCGUCCCAGCAGAGGUGGUCCGAACUACACCGGUGUCAUGCACGUAUGGCCCCUUUCGUAUUUGGGGCACAUUGGGCGAGGGCACGUACGGCGUGGCGAUGGGAGCUGAAGACAUAGUGUCCAAUCGCCUGUUGUGUCUCAAGGUCUUUCCAAAGCGCCGUCUUGAGCGCAAAUCCAGGAAAGCUGUUCUUCUGAACGAACUCGAAGCGUACAAGCGUCUUUCAUGCGCAUUGCCGUGUCCCGCGGCUUAUUUCCUCAUGGGGCUUGAAAUGUCGUUUCAGACAAAGGAUAAGAUAUGUUUUGUAAUGGACCUGAUGGCAGGCGACCUGUAUAAUUAUCUGCAACAUUAUCCUUCGUACUGCGUCAGCAAUGCUCGCAGGUGGACUGCACAAAUGACCCUUGGGAUCAACGCUUUGCACGAGAUAGGGAUUAUCCACCGGGACAUCAAAACCGAAAACAUCAUGAUCGACGUUCGAGAGAACGUGCGCAUCAUUGACUUUGGUGGUAGUUAUGUAAACAAAGACGAAGGACCCUUGGACCGACAGCAGAAUUAUUCUUCGGAACCGGUGGGAACGACACACAUCAUGGCACCGGAGGUACUGCGCAACAUAUCCGACCCCCGUCCUUCGAAGUACGGAGCACCCGCAGACUGGUGGUCGUUAGGUUGCGUCAUCUACGAGCUUGUGUCGAAGGAGCACGAGUCGCUCUUCGUUACAGAGGACGACGUAUUUUCCUAUGUUUCUUGGUGCUCCAGCCGCAACAGACCAUCCAAACGGUUCCCUGCCUUUCAAGAAUUGAAGGAAAAUCUCGCGGAUUUGAUAUCUGGACUGCUGCAACCCGACCCGUCAUCGCGGUUUGGGUUUGCCGAAGUCGUAAAUCAUAGAUCGUUUAUGUCCAAAUCCGGCACGUCAGAAUUCUCCGACGCACACUCUCGCGCGCUUGAGCGCGAAGAAGUUCCAUGUUCGCUGCCAGACUUACGAUGUGGUCGAGAGACCAACGAAGCGGAGAUCUGGUUUCGCCAACCUUACUGGGAGAAAUCGCACAUUCCGAAUGUGGACCAGCUCACGCCGGCACUUUUCUCUCAUUUCUUAUGAUAGCCCUUCAGUCCAGUCGGUGCUCAUUUCGUUUUGAUAGCUUCACUGUUCACUGUCAUUACGUCUCCUUUCCUUCUUCAAGUUGUUACAAA